AUGAGGCUACAAGAAACAACAAAGAUGAUGUAUAAAGGGUUUGAAGGGAGGUCUGGCCACGAAGGUGGCAAGAAGCCCCUGAAGCAGUCCAAGAAGCAGGCCAAGGAGAUGGACGAGGAAGAUAAGGCAUUCAAGCAGAAACAGAAAGAAGAGCAGAAGAAACUCGAGGAGCUAAAAGCGAAGGCCGUGGGGAAGGGCCCCCUGGCCACAGGUGGAAUUAAGAAAUCUGGCAAAAAGUAA